AUGGCAAAUACCACUCGACCUGUGGUGGAAAUCUGGCCAGGAGCGUUGUCAAAGCGGAAAAGGGACGCCUGCGCCGAUGCGCCGCAUGUGAUAGAGGAGCCUGGAAAGGAAACGAUACACGAUGCCAAACGUAGGAAACCACCUGGACCCAGUGGCGACGAAACCACGCAAGGUUCAGAAGAUAUCACGGAACCCCAAACAAUAGCUGCUGAACGGAAAGAUGAUGUUACUAUUCGUCGAAUUAAAGACACCAUCGAAUCGCAGCUCGGCCUUGAGAUCCUGCUGAAGCACAACGAGUUACGUCUGAUCAACCAGGAACUUGCCAAAUGCCAAAUCGCUUUGGAGCAGUUGCGUCGUUGUCAUCUGAUUCCUUAUCCAGCGUCUCAAGGAAUGCCAGAGGCGAUGCUGAAUGUCAUGAAUGGCACUGGUGCAACUGUUGGCCAGAAAGACAACGUACCACAAUGGGCGCCGCCCUACGGAGUGGCCGAUGGUCCGUACACGAGGCAUUAUUCAAAAUGGCUCAUUCCGGAUCCCAGUUUUGAUGGCGUGCAUCUUGACUGGCAGCGAACUCCUGAUGGAUCACGUGCUGGAAAGACCGUGCCAGAAGGUCGUGCUACCAGAUAUAGCCUUGCGGAAGGGAAUACGCCCGGAAGCAAAUCUAGGACUCAAAGAGGCUCUGCAGGGCAGAAGCUUCAGGCCCUAUCCAGCGGCUAUCCUCCAGCCAAGGAGAAGACCGGUCCAUGUGUCACCAAGCGGUCAGAUGGACAACUUGUCAAGCUUGUAUGUCUCGACUGCAAGCGGGAUAACUUUUCUAGCACGCAAGGAUUCAUAAACCAUUGCCGUAUCGCCCAUCGGCGAGAUUUCAAGAGUCAUGAAGAAGCAGCCGUGGCUAGUGGCCAACCGAUUGAAGUGGAUGAGGUUGGUGUCAUAGCCGGGGACGACAAGAGCCCAGCACCUGCUCCACCAGCGUCUGGCCUUGUGCAUCCUCUGAUCAGAUCCGCUCCCGUCGAGAGAGAGGCCUACGUCGACCUCCUCUCUCGAAUAGAAGCGUCCAUGGAUCUGUUUCGCCAAGGAAAGCUCCCUGGGGUUACAUCGAUACCAACAGGCCUGCCGUCAACGCCGUUGCCUAAAUCCAAGACGAAAGAAGCAACCAAGCCAAACAAGAACUUUGUGCCUUCAUCGGAUACCUCGCGCCUCUCGGAUCUAAUGCGUAGUAGGGGUUUUGGCUCCAAUCUCGCUGAACUUGUUACCGAAGCAAAGACACCUGUCGACUUCGAAGCAGCAUUCUCGUCACACGACGAAGACUCUGACGAUGGGGAGCGUACACCGCAACGCCCUAUCGGAGGCUUGGAUGGCUCUGACUCACCACCUAUGCCUGCUAUGCGGGUGCCUGCUCGAGCUAACGUACCUCCAGCGCCAUUUGGUCGUCCAGGGAGCAGUAAGGGUGUUGACAGUAAAACUGGUCGGAAACCAGGGCUGAGUGCAAUAUCGCCGCGACUAUCUCAUGCCACUCCAGUUAUUAGCACCACAACGCCUAUUGUGUCUCCCCCAAGACCCUCAACACAUCUUGUUACCCAUCAACUCCAUGAUCAUAUGGAUCCUCAUCACGAUGAUCAUAUGGAUUUGGAUAUGAUGCGGCAUCAUUCAAUCAACGACCUAAGUCCGAAUACAGUGGCGAGUAACAAUGCUCCGAGCUUGGUUAGUGACGAUGGAGAGUAUGAGGAAGGGGAUGAUGCCGACAGCGUUAAUUCUGGCAACGACGAAGACAGCGACGUUGCGGAGAUCGAUAUCGAUGAUGACGGUGUUGAGAAGGUUGUCCCCAGAACGGUAUUGAGGAACCGAGCUGGUAGCGGUGGAGACGGGGUGAGGCUAAGGAAAGAAGAUAAACAUGUUACUUUUGUCAGUCCAAUGAAGGAAAGCGGGAAGGGACGGAGAAAAUGA